ACCAGUGGUUUCCGUUAAUUCAAAGUUGUUGAAUUUGAACCAGUGGUUUCCAUUAAUUCAAAAUUGUUAAAUUUGAACCAGUUUGGUGUAUUAAUCACGGAAGCAUCCGGAAAAAUUCGUACGUGGGUAUCUGAAUCUGGUAUGGUAGAAAUAAGUGUAACCUGCAGAUGGUGGCGAGGAUGUAAAUACAUGGACUUGCAGUUUGGUUCCGCCAUUAAUGUCUCAUUUAAUGAGGCAGCUUUAAAUGAAAGCCAAUAAUUUUCUUUGAAUAUAUAAAUGCAUGUUGCCACUGGGCCAUCGCUUGUUCCAAUGCACAACAGCGAAGGUCAAAGGGCAUGUAAACCGUAGAUGCAGGGGGAAAUCGCCCGGAUUCCUCCAGGCUCCGGGCUUUAAUAAUCUCGGGUCCUGAUGCGUCACAUGCCCCCACCGUAUUUAAUUGCUGGAGCAAAACGGCCACAUCUAUAACCUGGAGGCGAAAGCGAAGGGUUUUGCAAGGGCAUUGGGGGUUAUAUUGUCUCUGGUCUCACAAUCGAGGGAAUUUUGGGAUCUUUUGGUUUAAUGGCGGGCACAAUUGGUCCCGAGGGUUGAGGUUCCGGGGUUUCAGAAAGCGAAAAGCAGAGGUCCCGGGUUUGAAUAUCGGCAAAAGAUGAGCACCAAUUCCACAAUGGGAGACAUGAGCAGGGUGGGCCUCGGGUACGGCAUCGCCAUUGCGGUCGGAAUACUGGUUCUGCUCUCGACUGUGAUGUUGGCUUCGUAUGUCUGCGUGCGGGUGCACGGCCGGACUCAGCUGGCCGGAGGCGUUGCGCAGAGAGAGGCGGUGCAGAGGGAAACAGGGGCGGCGGCCGCUGCGGGACUCGACCAGGCGACCUUGGACUCGUAUCCGCUUGUGACAUUUUCGGAGAAGACGUCUCGCGGUGAGGAGCUUUCCUGCUCCAUUUGCCUGAGCGAUUAUAAGGAGUCGGAGGUUCUGCGUAUGCUGCCCGAAUGCCUUCACCUCUUUCAUGUCCACUGUAUCGAUGCCUGGCUCCGCCUCCAUGCCUCGUGCCCUAUGUGCCGUACUUCUCCUCUUCCAACCCCCAUUGCUACUCCUCUCUCGGAAUUCAUCCCCCUUGCCCGCCACCCUCGGAUUCCCUCUUCAUAAUUUGUACCUUCCCUUUCCCUCCCCUGUGCAUGCUUCAGCCCUAGUCACAUUUUUCAGCAGCCUCUGCGUCUGUGUAUUCCGUCUUUUUUUGAAUUAAUAUAUAUUUGCGUCGGAUUCAAUUUGAAUGCCUGCGUCAGGUCCUCAUGAGGUAUGUAUUUGCACAAACUUUGCUUGUUUCUGCAACCUGGUUAACUUUCUGUAACAAGUGAGAAAUCUAACCAAAAUCGACAUUUCACUGAAUGUAUUAAAGCUUCUUCUUUUAAGCUCUAAUCACAUUCUUCAGCAGCCUCUGCGUCUGUGUAUUCCGUCUUUUUUUUUUGAAUUAAUAUAUAUUUGCGUCGGAUGCAAUUUCAAUAUCUUCGUCAGAGUUCUCAUGAGGUAUGUAUUUGCACAAACUUGCUCAUUCCUGCAACCUGGUUAACUUACUGUAACGAGUGAGAAAUCUAACCAAAAUCGACAUUUGACUGAAUGCAUUAAAGCUUCUUCUUUUAAGCCCUAAUGACAUUCUUCAACAGCCUCUGCUUCUGUGUAUUCCGUCUUUUUUUAAAUUAAUAUAAAAAUGACUCGGAUGCAAUUUCAAUA